AAAAAAAAGGCGAACGGCCGGGCCCUGUGUGUCAGACAUUAACGAGGACUUGUGAGUAGCGGGGCUGCGGCAGGAUGAGGUUGUGUGUCCGGGGGAAGAGGCGCCACUGACCGGCCGCGCCUCCCUCAGCUCUUUGUGCCGCCACCAUGCCGGGAGGAGCCUCCUGGAGAGCCGGGGCUGAGCUGCUGCUGCUGGAGCCCGAGGAGAUGAGGCUGAGUCUGGCCGCGCUGAGCCUGGAGGAGGAGGAGGACGAGGAAAGGCCCGGGGAGGAGGUUGCGGAGGAGGCAGCGGCUCUGCUGAUGGGCGGUGCGGGGUGUCAGGCCGGGUUCCCCCCGGGGAGUGCGGAGCAGUCGGGCCGCAGGAAGAGCGUCAAUACCAAUGAACUAGUGCCCGUGCCCAGCUCUGAGCAUGUGGCGGAGAUUGUGGGGCGGCAGGGUUGCAAAAUCAAAGCUCUGAGGGCCAAGACAAACACUUACAUAAAGACACCGGUCCGCGGGGAAGAGCCAGUAUUUGUGGUUACUGGAAGAAAAGAGGAUGUAGCCAUGGCUAAAAGGGAAAUCCUUUCAGCUGCCGAACACUUUUCUAUGAUAAGAGCAUCUCGCAACAAAAAUGCCCCCUCUGUGGGCACCGUACAGUGUGCCCCAAACAUACCAGGUCAAACUACAGUUCAGGUCAGGGUACCUUAUCGGGUCGUCGGCCUUGUUGUUGGUCCAAAGGGAGCUACAAUUAAACGUAUACAGCAACAGACACACACUUAUAUAGUCACUCCAAGCCGUGAUAAAGAGCCAGUCUUCGAAGUAACAGGGAUGCCAGAGAAUGUAGAUCGCGCACGUGAAGAAAUCGAAAUGCACAUAGCCAUGCGCACUGGCAAUUUCAUAGAGUUGAAUGAAGAAAAUGAUUUCCACUAUAACGGUACCGACGUGAGUUUUGAAACUGGAAACCUGGCUUCUGCGUGGCUAAGUGCGCAUCCAACUGCUCCCGGACGGAGCAGAAUGAACAGAAUCUCCAACUACAGAAAUGAUAGCUCUAGUUCUCUGGGUAGUGGCUCCACUGAAUCCUUUUUUGGAAAUAGUAGAUUGGCUGAUUUUAGUCCUUCAAGUCCCUUCAGCACAGGCACUUUCUGGUUUGGAGAAACCAUGCCCGCUGUGGGAUCAGAAGAUCUAAGUGAUGCAUCUGCUUUGGACUCAAUACCGUCAUCUUCUGAAACCAUCUGGGCGCCCUUUGAAACAGGAAAUCCCCCCUCUGCUUACGGUGGUGAUGCCAGCACAAAAUCUCGGCGUAGAGGAAGUCUGUCUCCAACCUUUCCUGAGAGUCUGGAAUAUUCCCUAACAAAAAGUGACCUUUCAAGCACAAGCGAGGCCGGUCAUCCUAUCUACAUCCCUGCGUUCUCCAACGGCAGCAACAGCUACUCUUCUUCCAACGGCGGAUCCACCUCAAGUUCGCCGCCUGAGACGAGACGGAAGCACGAUUGCGUUAUCUGCUUUGACAAUGAGGUUAUUGCUGCCCUUGUUCCGUGUGGCCACAACCUUUUCUGCAUGGACUGUGCCAACAAGAUCUGUGAGAAAGAUUUACCGUUGUGUCCUGUGUGCCAGUCUAAGGUCAAUCAGGCAAUCCAGAUACACUCCUAAUUGUGCAGACAUACACAUACCCACACUAGUGUAUGGAGGAGACCAGACGUUAGGCUACAGUUGUAAAUUUGCUGCUACCCCCACUAUAAUUGAGGGUGGAUAUCAGCUGUUGGAUAAGGAGGCUGGUUUAGAGGAGGCUUCUUGGUGUUUAGUAUAUGGUAAAUUAUGAUUUACAGAUCUAGUUUACAUUCUUAGUAUAGAAUGUUAUGUUUACAGAGAGCAAACGUCAAACAAACAACAGUUUUUUAAGAGAUAUUUCACUGCCUUUUUAUAUUCCUUUAUCACAAAGGAUAAUAAUAAUAAUACGACAAUAGGUACACUUCUAAUCAAUCUAAUGCAACAUUAUUGACUAUAUUGCUUAGUUAUGUUGCUAUUCUGGCGUACGAGCAGGUCACUGAUCUUAACUGCAAAACUACCAUGGGGUACCCAGCUCUUGUAAACACAAAACUACCAACUGUAGUGUGAGUUCAAAUGAUACGGUUAUAAGUACGAUAAUCGUGGGCCUUCAAAUGCACAAGCUCUGGCUAAUAUAGCGGAUUUGACAUUCCAUUGUUUAGUCUGAUGAAGUUUAUCGUUAAGAUUUUACAAAAUUUAAAUUAAUUGUAAAUGUGAAUUUUAUGAGCCACCCACGACUCGAACACUACUUUUAAUUUGGGCAAGGGAUAGACUAGGUUCAGAGGCUUUGCACCCAUGAAACUUACAGUAGAGCGUAGAAGAUCUGAGGGCUGGGCAUUUCUAAGUCCCUGGUCUAUCGCUGUUCGGCAUUGGCUCCCCACUGAUGUUUUAUUUCAGCCUGUGGAUUUCUUUCGUUUACGUCUUUCAGUACGUUUUAAAGUGCUUGCAUCAAAUAUGCAGAAUGGGAUCUCCCGCUCCCUCUGGAUUUUCUAGUAAUAUUUUUGAAACGUUUUUUUUUUCAAGGUAAUUUUAUUUUCCACGGUAACACAAAUUGAAGUUGUAAAGUCUGUGUACUGACGAGUAAAUAUAUAUAGAUAUAUAUAAAAAAAAUCUUUAUUUUUAUUUCCACUUGAAGUUACAUUUCGUAAAAAAAAAAGUUUACAAAAGACUUGUUUUUUUUUUUUGUUUUUUUUCAGUAUAUGAAUUGCCUUGAUGGCACAUUAUAAUGUAAUGCAAACCUUUACUGCUAAUUGCUUGUAGACUAGUUAUGUCAGUAUUGAACCUUUUAACCUGUAGCUGCCGUUGUAGCAAGUACGCACGAAUGUUCGCCAAGCAUGUAUUUUAUAUUAUCUCGCAUUGUACACGGCAACUAACAAAGCCAAGAAACUAACCUAUUAUAUUAGCUGCGUGUACUAUUUAUAUAUAAAUAUAUAUAUACCACAGAAGCUAGGAUGAUGAUAUACAGUAUCAACAUAGUUUAGUAUUUGCUAACUUUACUACAUUUUUGUUAUGUAUAUGUAGGAACAUAAUAGGGAAUAUAAAUUCAGUAUGAGUAAAGGUUUAAAAAAAAAACAUAUAUUUUAUGAUAAAGGGCCUUUAACUUAUUAUGGCCAAAGCACUGAUAUUAUAUAUUUGCUGUAAAGAGAAUUAUAAGAGUUUUAUUUUUCGGAUAUUAAAAGUUAAUAAAGACUUGUUUCCAUUAACUUA